AUGGAUCAUGCGACGAGAGAAACGUGUUUGCCGAUCCUUCCGAGGCGGGGGUUUAUCUAUGACCACCGCCUGGAGGGGCAGUUCUCGGAGCCUCGGCAGGCGGGGGAUGUGGACAUCUUUGGGCCCCCGGGGGCCGAAGUAGAUCCAUAUCCGCCGCCCGCUGGGGCGCCAGGACGUCGGCUCCCAGGCGGCGGACAUGGCGUCGUGGAGCCUGAGGGCCCGUUCUGGCAGUCUCCGUGCGGGGAGGGCGCAGAUGGACGGCCGGUCAUCGCCGCGACCUUCGUGGACGACCUCGGGCUCAUCCUCCUCGCGCGUCUGCCGGCCCACCUGGACGCCGCGAUCGCGCAACUCCUGCACAUCCUCACCACCGCAUUCGGGCAGUGCCAUUUGACCAUCAACUGGGCGAAGGGCAAGACAGAAUGCCUCUUGAAGUACCGCGGGAAUGGCGCGACGCGCGCUCGUGAGGCUCGGCGCCGCGGCAGUGGGGAGCUUGCCAUCUGGGUUCCGGGAGUCCGAAAAUGGCUCCAGGUGGUGGCUACCUAUUGCCACCUUGGCACCAUGCUGUGCGCGACGGGCGAGGCCUAUGCUAACACGCUCCGGCGCACGCAGAUGGCCAUGAGCGCGUACUUGCCGAUCGCGUACAAAGUGUUCGGCAGCGAGUUGAUCCCGGAGCGGCACAAACUCAGCUUCCUGAGGUCCCUCGUGCUGUCUCGCUUGCUCUUCGGCCUCCACAUUGCGUGCCUCCCAGUGGCGCACCUGCGCCGUCUGAAUGCGGUGUACAUGCGCGGGCUCCGCCGCAUCGCAGGUGAUCCUCGGUUCGGCCCUGACGUGCAGUGGUCUGACCGCGCCGUGCGCGAGCGAUUGAAAGCGGCAUCGAUUGACAGCCUGCCCAUGACCAUGAGGCUGCGCUACUUGCAGCGGCUGGUGCUCCUGCGCCCUCCAGACUUGCUGGCACUGCUGCACUUCCGCCCGAAGGGGCAACCUCUGCCUUGGGUGAAGCUCGUAGCUGCGGACUGCGAUUUCCUGCGUCGUCAGGGCUUGGUGCCUCCCGCCACGCCUGGCUUCUUCGACGCACCGCUGCAAUGGGCCGAACUGGUGGGUGAUCGCCAGAAAUGGGCCGACAUCGUGGGCAGCGCGCAUGUCUGCGAUUCCUGCCUGGACCGCGACUGCACCGCGUCCUCGGCCACGCCUCUCACAGUGAAGUGCCGGAUGUGUAGUGUUCGCUUCGCCUCCGCGCGCGCCCGCGCGUGCCAUGAGCGCAUCGCGCACAGGGUGACUACGAAGGCUAAGUGUUACCUCCACGGCACGGUUUGUCCAUGCUGCAAGGUGGAUUUCAGGCAGAAGAUCCGUCUGCUGGCGCACUGGUCUGACUCCCGCCGCCCGCGCUGUUGGACUUGGGUGAAGGCACAUGUUGCUCCCUUGAAUGCUCACCAGCAGGCGAGGGUAGACGAAGAGUUCCGAUCCGCCCGACGCGCUGGACAGCGCGCCGGAAGGACCCACGCCUUGCGCCACCUGCCGGCGAGGAGGGCCGAUGGACGUACCAUCGGUCGCCUCGACUGA